GGGAGCAGACACUCAGUCGCCGCUCACAAGUCUAGCAGUUCAUAGCAAAUAACUGAAAUUAAAUUGAACGUCGAGCAAGGAAGGAUAAUUGCACCGAGUGUGACAAGAUUCUUGCAACUGUUACUGUGAUUGACGCACACGCAAAACCUGAUUAUCAAGAGUAACGCAAAGUACAAAUCGUUUUAAUUUGAAGAUAAAAAAAAUCUGAAGCUACCUGAUUGAGUGGGAAACGCCCCACCAAGAAAUCGUCGAAAAGAGAAGAAAUUUUUCCCAAUUUUUAAGUGAAGAAAAUUUCUGCCCACUGCCGACGGUGAAAAGUGAAAAAAAUUUCGUUCGAGGAAGUUAUCGCCCAGCCAAAAGUCCUUGAGAUUUUGAACGAGAGGAAAAUUACAGUCGAAUCGUUUUUGUGAAGAGUUUCGAGAUAAGAUAACCCAGCUUGGAACAAUAACUUGGACUGUGUUUUUUUGUCGAGUGGAGCGCACGCUUAUCGACACAUCUGGAGAACUUGGGAUCGUGAAGUGAAAAACAACCCUCCCUGCAAACCGGUUCCAAGUGGUUUCGAUCGCACGACAUCAAAUCGAUAAGGAAGGUGUUUUUUGUGUGGAGUGAAAAAAAAACCAACAAGAACUAGAUAAAGUUUGAGCAGUACCCCGAAUUAAGGCAGUAGAAAUGGAAACCCUUGCACUGCAGCAACCUCGGGAUCACCUGCACGGUGGUGGAGUUGGAGGUGGAGUUGUCCACCAGCCGGAGAACUGGCUGUACGAAAUCAAGCAGAAGAGCCCGGACCACAGCACCACCAACACGUGCUACGUGAUGGUGCAGAAUGUAAGAGAUCUCGUCAAGUCGCACCUGAUGUUCGCCGUCCGCGAGGAGGUCGAAGUGCUCAAGGAGAAAAUCUCCGAGCUGAUGGACCGCAUCAACCAGCUCGAGUACGAGAACAACAUCCUCAAGCAGAACGCCUCGCAGGAAACGCUCUCCCAGCUGACCCCGUCCGGAACGCCGAGCGCCGCGCAGAGUGCCCAGACCACGGCGGGAGCGGCCGCGGCGUCUGUAGCGGCAGCCCUCACACCGCUGGCCAAAAGCCAGGCGGCGGCGGCGGCGGCAGCUUCAGCGAGCUCGGCGGCAGCCGCGGCAGGCACCCCCACGGUCAACCCCAACGCGAACGGUUCCGUGUCCUAGAUGCUCCGGGAGUUGUUGCGUCGCCACCAGCACCAGCAGCAGCAGCCAUGAUACACCGUUAAGAAGCCUCACUAGGAGCUGCUACUCCUCGCCGCCGGCGGCGCCACCAGCAGCAGCAGCAAACUGACGACGGCACACGUGCCCAAAACCGUUCCGCAAUCCGGAACCGUCUCAGGAGAGGACACUAGAACGACGACGACGAGGAGCACCAGAACCCCGCGCGGCCGCCGUGCCGAAGCACUCUGAAAAGCCAAACUCUAGUAGCAAAGCCCACUAUUAAGCGAAAAUUAACCAGUAUCAAAUUAGGCACCAGCGCGGAAGAAGAAGAUGAAGCAAAACAGAAGAAUAUUCGCAUAGAAUUACUACUACUACUUGGCAAAAGGUAAGACGCUUCAUUCAUUCUCAAACAAAUUCCUAAUAAGCUAGAAAUUUUAGAGAUACACACCCACAAACAAACACAUACAGACACACACAUUGAUACGCAAAGCGCAUGUGGAAAUAUAUCCAGAGAUUGGUGUUACAGAAAGUAAAAAUUUGAUGGGAAAGCCAAAAACCUUAAAAAAAAUUAACGCACGUUACUGUUUUCUUUUUUGAGCGCGUGCGCUGGCAAAACGCAAGCAAAUUUCCUAAAAAUCCUAAAAAAAAUGUAUCAAAUACAGCAAAACCUCCUCCGCAGGACAGUCAAACUAGUCCUCAUACGGCCCAAUUACCACUGCGCUAGCAAGGCCGGAGAGAUGGGGAUAUGGCGCUGCCAGCGCGCGCGCCUCAAACGCUAAACAGAACUGAGAUAUAUCGUAAAAAAAUGUGAUUAAAUCCGCUGUCGUUUUAUUAAGAUUUAUUUUGUGGUACAUUUUGUGUUUCGAAAAUUUCGGCCUUUGCGAACGACCUCCUCAAGAAGUGUCGUUUGUCAAAAAAGUUUUUUUUCUCACUCGCGCGCCCGUUUAGUUAGAACCGAGAGGACAAAACAGUAACCCAAAAUGUGAUUCUAUUUGUACAUAUUAGCAUCUAAGAAGCGCCCCGCGCGAGGAUUGCUUGAGGAUCGUGAGUUCGUGAGCGUGAAAAA